AGGCGGGGAGAGAAAACACAUUUUACUUCCGUAUUUUCUCUCCCGACAAUGAAGCAAAAAAAGGAGUAUAAAAAGACCCCACUUGGCAGUGCGCUUCUCAUUCCUGACCUGGACUGAUACGCUUUUAUCCCCAACAUGGACAUUGAGUGUCAGGAGCAGAAACGCCGCAGAUGUGGAGCAUGUUGCCUGGUGGGGUCCAUCCUGGUCCUGUGUGCUGUCCUCCUCGCCUGUGUGCCCGUGCUGGUGCAGCUCCGGUUUGCUGCCGUACACGCUGGACGACCUACACCCAGUCCGGAUGAUCAGAACCCGAACUUUGCAUUCUUGGAAGCAAAAUCAAGCAAGUUGGGGAACUCCACUAUGCUGUGGGUUUCAGUCAAAUACGGCUCAGGGGACUUUGUUGGAAGCAACUUUGAGUUUCGGCCAGACCAAGGUGUCCUGGAGUCCAAACUUGAAGGGACUUACUUAAUCCACCUGAACCUCAACCUGUCAUGCACGUCCAGUUGCGGCCCCGGGCGCCUGACCGUGCUUGUGGGCGACAAGCUGAGCUGCGAAGUGGAGCUGGCACAUUCUACACGGGAGAUCAAGCGAUGCUGUGUACAGACUAGGAUGGAAAGCAACACCUCGCUGUCAGCCACCAUGAGAGUGCCAAAAGACGGACUGCAGAACUGGAAGCUGGAGCUCAUUGGUUCUAACCUCAGCAUGCUCCUUUUGGACAACUUAACGGAAUCGCUCCAGUUUUGAUCCCCAUUUCAGACCUCAGCAAGAGCAUUAGGGCACAGAUUUGGAGCUUUUAAGGUUAAUAGCUGCAAAUAUUUUCUUUCUAAGGGGUUAUGGGCUUUUACAUAUUUAUAUAACAUGAGAUAGGCUCCAGCACCCCCCGCGACCCUAAAAGGGACAAGCGGUAGAAAAUGGAUGGAUGGAUAGACUACGUAUAGUCCAGAUUGAUAACUAUUUUAUGUUAACACUACAUUAGUGAUUAUUGCAAUACACUUCAAGUUUAAUUGGAGUUGAAAGUGACUGUGGUUUU